AUGUCAACAAAUGGAUUCAUUGGCUUGUAUUAUAACAACAGGAGUUAUUAUACGUACGAAAUUCUAUAUAUUGAUGGCUAUAAUGGAAAUCAUAUGAAAAUUCAUUUCUACGACAAUAUCACUCAUAGCGGGUGUGGAGUCGGGAGGAAAGGGUAUCUAAUGGACAACAAGUGCUUUCCAUUCCAUACGUCCAGUGAUAUAAUGUUUGCUGGCCUUCAAAACGCACGGGAAGUACAGCCCGGAGAGACGCCGUGGACGGUCUUCAUC